UUGAUCGUGGUACUCGGGCUCAUUUCCGGUAAUGGCGUCUUGACAAAACAAAGCUUACAGAGAAUAAAACCACAGAAAUGGAACUGGAGAAGCGGCGAUCCAAUUGUGGCGGCUUGCCGUCUGGCUGGAAGAGAGAAGAAGUCGUCAGAAAAUCGGGUUUAUCAGUUGGUAAAACCGACGUGUAUUAUUACAGUCCUGAUGGGAAGAAGAUCAGAAGUAAACCCAUGCUGGCUCGACAUCUUGGUGAAUCCUUAGACUUAAGUGCUUUUGAUUUUCGGACAGGCCGAAUAAUACAUAGUGCACUUAGAAAAAGUAAGCGCCCAAGGGGAACGCCAUAUGAUUCUACAAGAGGAAUUCGUCAUGAUACAAGUCUAGUGCUCCCUAUCCGACAGACAGCGUCCAUAUUCAAACAGCCAGUCACAGUGAUCAGGAACCUGACGGAGAGCAAGUCCAAAACAGAUCUGAAACAUGGCCCUCAAGAUCCUCCGAAACAGUUGUUUUGGGAAAAGAGACUACAAGGAAUGAAAGCUUGUGACAGUGGAGACGAGUUCUUACUGCCUUUAGAUUUACCUAGAAAUGUACAAGGUGUGGGACCAGAACUGUCAACAGAGAACAUCCUACAGAGUAUAUCUGCAGCCCUUCACUUAGGCAAUGCUCCUGUGACAGGACAGGCCAACAACAAAGCUACACUGGCCAAAAACCCGGGUGUUAAUAUUGACACCAACCAACCACACAUACAGCAAAUGAUCGUGUCUGAGGACGAUAUAAAACGUCAAGAAACAAAAGUGAUGGAAGCAAGAAGAAAGUUACAGGAUGUUAUGAAGGGCCAUUUGUAAUUUUAUACUGUGAAUAGAAAUUAGACUUAUAGUGUACACCACAUCCAGUUCAUCAUUGUAUGGAUCUCACAAAGAUUAUACUUCAUUUUGUAAAUACUUAUGACUUGCAGACAAAACUUGCAAAUUUUCAAACAAAUUUGAUUUGCAAAUAUUUUCCAAAACCUUAAAGCAAAUUUUGAAGCCUGUACUAGCUUUGCUAGAACUUCUGUGAUAUAAAUUAUAUUUAAAAUCAGUUUUGUGUACCUGUAACAAUUACAGUAUUCACAAGACUUGGACAGUUUGUAUCACAAAUGAAGCAAUAGAAAGCUUAACAAUUGCCUGAGAAAUCAUAAGCAGCUGCAGUUAACAUUUGGAAUACAUUGUACAGUAAAACUCGUAUCACUUCGACCAAAAUUGAAAAAUUACUGUCGAUCCUGUUUGAGUUACAUAAAAUUGUAGCCACUUGAUUUAAAGAGAGUUUGAACAAUCUGAUGUGACUUCAGCAAAGCCACAAUGAACAGUUGUGUUACCAGUACAGGUCAAUGACUGCCCGUGGACAAUCUGAUGUGACUUCACAAGUCACAAUGAACAGUUGUGGUACCAGUACAGGUCAAUGACUGCCCGUGAACAAUUAGAUGUGACUUCAGCAAAGUCACAAUGAACAGUUGUGUCACCAGAACAGGUCAAUGACUGCCCGUGAACACUCUGAUGUGACUUCACAAGUCACAAUAAACAGUUGUGUUACCAGUACAGGUCAAUCACUGCCUGUGAACAAUCAGAUGUGACUUCAGCAAAGUCACGAUGAACAGUUGUGUUACCAGUACAGGUCCAUGACUGCCCGUGAACAAUCUGAUGUGCCUUCAGCAAAGCCACAAUGAACAGUUGUGUUUCCAGUACAGGUCAAUGACUGCCCGUGACCAAUCUGAUGUGACUUCACAAGUUACAAUGACCAGUUGUGUUACCAGUACAGGUCAAUCACUGCCUGUGAACAAUCAGAUGUGACUUCAGCAAAGUCACAAUGAACAGUUGUGUUACCAGUCCAGGUCAAUGACUGCCCGUGAACAAUUAGAUGUGACUUCAGCAAAGUCACAAUGAACAGUUCUGUCACCAGUACAGGUCAAUGACUGCCCGUGGACAAUCUGAUGUGACUUCACAAGUCACAAUGAACAGUUGUGUUACCAUUACAGGGCAAUGACUGCCCUUGAACAAUCUGAUGUGACUUCACAAGUUACAAUGAACAGUUGUGUUACCAGUACACGUCAAUGACUGCCCGUGAACAAUCUGAUGUGGCUUCACAAGUCACAAUGAACAGUUGUGUUACCAGUAAAGGUCAAUGACUGCCCGUGAACAAUCAGAUGUGACUUCAGCAAAGUCACAAUGAACAGUUGUGUCACCAGUACAGGGCAAUGACUGCCCGUGAACAAUCUGAUGUGACUUCAUAAGUCACAAUGAACAGUUGUGUUACCAUUACAGGUCAAUGACUGCCCUUGAACAAUCUGAUGUGACUUCACAAGACACAAUGAACAGUUGUGUUACCAGUCCAGGUCAAUGACUGCCCGUGAACAAUCUGAUGUGCCUUCAGCAAAGCCACAAUGAACAGUUGUGUUUCCAGUACAGGUCAAUGACUGCCCGUAAACAAUCUGAUGUGACUUCACAAGUCACAAUGAACAGUUGUGUUACCAGUACAGGUCAAUGACUGCCCGUUUACGAUAUAUUUACAAAUCUGUUGAUGCAUAAUAUUAGAUACGUCAUUCUGAUAUUGACUUGUUAUUAUCAAUUAUAAAGUAUAUUUUGACUAAAUGGUGAAGCAGAGGCCAAUAUGUAGGCCAAUCUUAAGUCUCGACGGAAGUUCAGUGGUAAUAUAUCGAAAUGUGGAAGGUAAAUUGAGACUGCAGUUACAUAUUAAUUAGUUUAACCGUUCGCCUGAUCAAAUCCGAUUGCUUUCGCACAUGUACAUGUAAAACAUCCAUUAAGAAAAUCAGGGAUUGAUGGUCUGGUAGUGAUGAUGUAAUCAAAUUGUACAGUAAACGCAGUAGUAUCAUGACAGUACACGUGUCGUUUGUCUGCAAUGUGACAUCAACAUUCCACUCUCCUUACUUGUAGGAUGUAUUAUACACAGUUGGGGCCUAAAGUUAUGUACCUGGCCUGUGCAUAUUAACAAAACAAAAACUCAUUUUGGAAGUCUGCCACAGUUAGCUUCCGUGGUCAAACAUCAUGACUAUAACCCGUAAUGUGUACGAACUUCCCUCGGAUUUGACUCCAUCAGAAAUCAACUGUAUAUAUCCACACAGUCACUUUAUAUUUGAAACAAAAACAUAUCUACAUUAACUGCUUUACAGAUUAAUUAUGUUUAUUCACAUCAUUUCAUAUAAAUGGAUUUUCAACAGAAGAAUACUAGUACUCAUUCUUGAAAUAUACAAUUAAGUAAGAUAUAUUGUAGAUGUUUGUUUUCAUUAUCCUGUCAAGUGAGUUUAUCUUCGCUUAUAAUUUAUUGACUUAAGAGACUUGAUAGUUUUGGUUUCUCUCAUAAAUUAUACAUUGAUAUAUUGCUGCAACUUCAUCACACAAGUAAAACUUGAUGUGUCCAAAUAGAGGUGAGGAAACUUGCAUUCUCUGCACCCCUGGAAUAAAUAUGUAAAAAUCAAAGGCUCUGCACCACCUUGUGGAUGAUACAAGAGGACUGAUUUGAUCCUUUGAUGUAACAGUAAGAUUGACUGGGUUUGAAGUCGAGUGUCACUAAUAUGAAGUUUUCAAAGGUUAGAUAUGAGCCUAGCAAUUGGUCAGUGUUUUUUAAAUACUAUUUUUUCAAUUUAAAAAAUGAAACGAUUUUGCAAUGACACAGUGCAGGAGCACUGUGUACAUUCAAUUUUGAGGAUGGUUUAUAUACAUAUUACAACAUAAUUUCUCAUACUAUUGUAGUAUUUUAAGUAUGUUGGUGCAGAAGGUUUAAGAUGUUUACUAUACUCAUGAUGUCACAGUUCAUUGUAAAUUGCUUGCAUUGCCUGAUCAUCGUUUGGUCUAUGAAAUCAUUACAAUAGUUUUUUUAUGUCGUGCUAGGGGAUAGUAUUUUUAAUUUAGAAUGCAAGUCAUUUCUGAAAAAGUGCAAUAUUUUUUUUGCAAUGAGUUAUUGUUCUUAGCACUUUUAACAAACACAACACUCUUACACACAACAUUGACCACCAGUCCAGGUAAACUGAUGGAAAUAAAAUGUGUUUCAACAUUGAACAUUGACUGGUAUGACAUAUUUUUGAUGUUUUGUUCAUUUCUUAUUAGGCUCAUGCUCAGUUGUGUCAUUUCAUGUCAUCAAAAUAAAAUUGAUAUUUUCUUCUUCUAAAGGAUCUAUAACAAAAUACAGUUUGUCAUGACCUUUUACUCUCCUGCAAUCCAGGUUUGUGAGUCGAGUUAAAAUGUUGAAGUGUUUUUUUGAGAACAUUACCAGCUAGUACCAAUGGUACGUCGACCUGAUACCUGCAGUAUAAAGGGAGAUAAGUCUAUCACAGUUAAAUUUGUGUAUUAUUGAUUAGUCUCUGUAAUGACAAUACAUAUUAUACGACAGUUCUAUGUAUUGACAGUGUAUUUUGUACAUGAAAUGAUUGUCAUCCUUUCCACAGGUAGUUUUUAGAUUUUGAAAAUAAAUAAUGUAUUUGUGUAA